AAAGAAGUUUUUGAGGCGAGAGGUCGGUGAACAUAAUUAUUUUUAAUUUUAUUAUAAUUAGUGUAAAUUUCUAAUUGUUCAACCCUGUAAUUGCAUGUUUAGUGCUUCGGAGUUAAUUGGAAAAGGAAAUAUUACUACAAUGAUGGACGGCAAUGUUGUUCAUCCCCAUCCCGGAGUGGUGCACGGUGGAGUGCCGGGCGUAGUGCAUGGGAUGCCCGUCCAUGGGGCCGGACCGGACGGCGAGCACGCGCCGCACGGCCCGCGGCGCCGGUACCAGAACCGACCGAAACCCCCUAACAACAUAGAAAGAUUACCCCUUGAUGAAGCUGCGAAAAGAGAAAUGGAGUCCCUUCCAAUGAAGACUCCAGUGUCAGUUUUGCAAGAGCUGCUGGCUCGUCGUGGCACAGUGCCCAAGUAUGAGUUGGUGCAGAUAGAGGGAAUGAUCCAUGAGCCUACAUUUCGGUACAAGGUUACUGUUGCGGAUUUAGUUGCCAUGGGCACUGGACGUUCCAAGAAAGAAGCCAAACACUCUGCAGCGAAGGCUCUGCUUGAUAAGCUGACUGGUGCUGCCCCUGCUGAUCAAGGCACCAAUGGUAAUGUGCCAGAAACUGGUACUGUGGUGUCAUCAUUUGAAGACAAAUUAAUGGGCAAUCCAGUUGGCUGGCUGCAAGAACUGUGCAUGUCCCGCUUUUGGCCACCACCAUCAUACCAUGCUGAGAAUGAUGACAAUGUCAACCGUCGUUUGCCACAUGAGCGUCAGUUCACCAUUGUAUGCACUUUGCUGAAACGCCGCGAGGUUGGCACUGGCAAAUCCAAGAAGCUGGCCAAACGUCAAGCUGCCUACAAGAUGUGGCAAGCACUGCAGGAUAACCCACCAGAAUCCUUCCAACCUGAUGAAGAGGGAGUCGCGGCCCGCUAUGCCGACUUGAAAGAUAGUAAAAUCUCCACAUUGACUACAAGUCACAGCCACAAGGUGUCGCAGUUUCACAAACAUCUCAAACAGUCUGUCGGCCCGAACCUGGCCAAGUUGCAGGUUACUCCGUUGAACAACAAGGAUUUCAACUUUGUGCAGUUUUUGCAAGAGAUUGCUUCUGAGCAGGCCUUUGAGGUAACCUAUGUAGACAUUGAGGAGAAGUCCAUGACUGGUCGUUGUCAGUGCCUUGUUCAGCUCUCUACCCUGCCUGUGGCAGUCUGCUAUGGUUCUGGUUUGACCAGCAAGGAUGCUCAGGCUUCUGCUGCCCAAAAUGCCCUUGAGUACCUCAAGAUUAUGACCAAAAAGUGAAUGUCUCCAAAUCUCGCGACAUCAGCGACAUGCCUGGUGCAGUACCCUAUGCGUUUCAGGCAGAUAAUAUUAUAAUUUCCUCAAAUGAAUUGUUUACAAAUGAAUUAUACAAUAAAAUUGUGCACAAAGUGCAUAGGCUGACACGAAAGAGCCGGAAGUUGAUGUCGCAAGGUUUUGAGUCUAUACUUAUCUUUAUCACCACUUCCCAUUUGAAUAUGGCAUUAUGCCUAUGUUCCAGAAGCACUUCGGGCUAUGCUUUAUAACUGGCAUAUUUGCAGUAUCUUACUUGUGAUUUUGUUUUAUGUGUUACUUUGUUUGUCUUGGAACGUGGUUGUACUUGUCGAUGUGUCGCUAUGUGUAAUUGCAAAUUGUUUUCGCCUUUUAUUUCAAUUAGCAAGUGAUUUCUCACUUGUACUAUUACUGCCAAUGUGCGAGGAUAAAUUGCAUAGCCCGUAAAUUUAAAUGAAACAAAGUAUGGAGUGGUCAUGUAACAAAAUACAAGCUAUACUUUGCAUAGAAUUAGUGUAAUUUUCCCAGCGUGGAAAUUACUAAAAAAAAAAUAAUAAAAAAAUACAAAAAAAUAUAUAAAAAAAUAAAAGUAAAAAAAAUGUGUGGACUAUAUUUCCAGUUUAAUAUUCAGCAUUAUUUAGGCAUAUUUUUGCAUUCAUAUAUUUAAAUGAAAUUAUUAUAUACUUACCCAAAAGUUAGCUUUUAAUGUAUAUUAUAAUCAUGGCGUAGCCUAUCAUGUUGUUUUCUAUUAAACAGGAUGAAAAUUAUGAUUUCUCAUAAAUUAGUUUUAAUCUGGUUUGUUAUGAGAUUUCUAACAUGCUGAGCAUUAAACGGAAAAUCAUUCUCAGCUAGUUUUGUCUUGUUGACGAACUGCUCCGACCUUUGCUUUGUAACAAGCUCCGAGGUAGCAGACACUUGAACUUGGGAAGAUCUUUUUACAAAGUGCAAGGGUUGGUACCGGCAGGUAAUUGUGUGGCUUGCUAAGAGGCAGGAUACAAGUUGAUUUGUUAUUUCAAUUUUACCAGUGACUGUCGUGGUUUUCUUUUAACUUCAUGAUGGAAAACUUUGCAGGGAAGCUGAGAACUAUGUGUUAGAGUGAAUUAUCACUGGAUUUAGUGGUUGCGAAGUUAGGAUCCCUUGCCUGUGAAAAUGGGCAUUAUUUUAAUGCAAAGUAUAGAGGUUGUAACAAUUUCUACUGUGCAGAAUUGUCGUCGUAGCGUACUGUGACAGCGACGACGACCGUCCUGCAUGUGCCGAGUUUCUUUUAAAUUGAAUGGUGUGAGUUCAGACCUGCCCUUGUAAAACAUCGCACUGUUCAAGUUAGAAAAGACUAACUGGAGUAAAGGAAUGGAGUUCUGUUCAACCAAGACCAACUAAAUAAAAUUGCGCCACCGAACACCACGUGGGCGAGUUUAUUUAUUUUUGUGUUUAGUGAGUCUUGGUUUUACUUGUUCUUGAUUAAUCUCAAGGAUAAAUAGUAGUUAUUGUAGAUUAUUGUCACUAAUGUGAACACUUUCUCACCCCUUGCUAGGUAUAUAAAAUAAAAGAGUAAUAGGUAUUUAAGUUCCGAUAAAAUGUAUAAGGAUCAUUUUAAUUUUGCUAAGUAUUGGUUCUGAUAUAACUUCAUUAAUAAAUUUUGGUGUUGCUUGAAA